AGGGCAAGGGUACUGCUAGUAGUGAGGUGAACGCAACAGAGGAGAUGUCUACUCUGGUCAACUACAUAGAACCUGUCAAGUUCAAGAGCUUUGAGGUCGCAAACAAGAGGAAUAAGUAUUUUGAGAUGUCGUCGUUCGUUGAGACUAAGGGUAUGGACACCCUGAAGAGUGCCCCCAUAGAGUUUGUUGAGUACAAUAAGAAGCAGCUGAGUCGUAUCUAUCCUAAGGGCACCAGGGUAGACAGUUCCAACUACAUGCCUCAACUCUUCUGGAACGUCGGCUGUCAGAUGGCGGCACUCAACUUCCAGACUCUUGACCUGCCCAUGCAGUUGAACAUGGGAGUAUUUGAGUAUAAUGGCCACAGUGGCUACCUGCUGAAACCAGAGUUCAUGAGACGGACAGACAAACACUUUGACCCCUUCACUGAGAACAUUGUGGACGGCAUCGUAGCCAACACCGUCAAGAUCAGGGUGAUCUCGGGUCAGUUCCUGACCGAUAAGAAAGUGGGCGUGUACGUGGAAGUGGACAUGUUUGGACUUCCUGCCGACACAAAGAGGAAGUAUCGCACCAGGACAUCCAAUGGGAACAGCCUGGACCCUGUCUGGGAUGAAGAGACAUUUGUCUUCAACAAGGUGGUCCUCCCCACCUUGGCCUCUUUGAGGAUCGCUGUGUUUGAGGAGAAUGGGAAGUUCCUGGGCCAUCGUAUCUGUCCUGUGUCAACAAUCCGCCCUGGUUACCACUACAUCAGCCUGAAGAAUGAGAUGAAUCAACCUCUGAUGCUGCCCUCCCUCCUGGUCUACACCGAGGCUCAAGACUACGUUCCUAAUGAACACCAGGAGUAUGCUGAAGCCUUGACCAACCCCAUGAAACAUUACAGUCUCCUGGUCCAGAGAGACAUACAGCUGGCGUCUCUAAUGGAGGACAACCGUGAGAGUGUUUUUGAGCAGCCGAAGGAGGGAGGGCGUGAUUUGGAGGGUGACGCCCCCCUUGUGAAGAUCCCCUCCCCCCUCCAUCCCGUCCCCGCCCCCGUCGAUGACAUCGUUGACUUCACCAGCUCACCUGGUCCAGGCCAGAAAGAGGAUCUUAUUGCAAUAGUCCUGACAAAUCUCCAGGCUCAGUCUAUUGAAGAGCUGAAACAGCAGAAGUCGUAUCUGAAGCUGUUAAAGAACCAGGGUAAAGAACUCAGAGAGCUCCGUAAGAAACACCUGAAGAAGGUAUGGUCCCUGAGUAAGGAGCAGAAGACUCGCUUUAGCCAGCUCCACUCUGACACACAGAAACAACGCAGUCAGAUGGAGAAACACCUGAAAUCCAGCAUGAAGAAGAAUCAGUCAGCAGAGCCGGUGCAGAGACAGCUGACAGCGUUGGAGGUGGAGCUACAGAAACAGACAGUGCAGCUCAGGGAGUGGCAGAUGGAUGAGCUUCUCAAACUACGACAACAACAACACUCACUGGAGAGAAAGAAGAGACACACACACCUACGAGAGCUGUCUCAGAAACUAGAGGAGACGGCCCAGGAAUGCCAGCCGGCUCAACUGAAAAAACUCAAGGACAUCUGUGCUAGAGAGAAGAAGGAGCUUCAGAAGAUUCUAGACAGGAAGAGACAGAACAGCAUCAUCGAGGCCAAGAGCAGAGACCGAGACAAGGCCGAGUCGGAACAGAAUGAGAUCAACAGGAAGCAUAUCUCAGACUCUGUCACUUUAAUCCGCCGGUUGGAAGAGGCCCAGUUAAGGCGUCAGGAAAAGUUGGUCAUUGGUCAGAGAGAAGUCCUACGGCACAUAGAGGAGGAGAACCCACUGCUGAAGGCCCGGUUGGAGCAGGACUUUGUGACGGAGCUCCAGCGUCUUCCUGAGGAGAUCUGCCAAUAUCUGCAGACGGUACUGGAGUCCAAAGGUCUCUGCAGCGACGCCCUCUUUUCCUUAUCCAAUCAUAGCAGUCCUAGCUCCAGCUCAGGCACGCCCUCCAACUGCUCCACGCCCACUUUACCCUUAACGCCCAAUAGCAGCGCCUGGAACAGGAGCCUAGACAAUGGCAUCGCCUCAGUGGUGGAUUCAUCCUCUUCCUCUACUCCUGUCCAAUCAGAUGUAGAGUUGACCAUGGUGUGAAUUUAAUUAUGUCCUUUUUAUCAUAAUGGUUCUUGGGCUUUAGUUGGUGGAAAAAACUUUUUUUGUUAUUUUCAUUUUUAAAAUGUGUUUUUAUUUGUAAUUUUAUUUUUUAUUUGAUUACAUUUCUUAAGAUGUUGAUUUGUUCAAUUCUUCUAUCCAGGGUUUUAGAGGUAGAGACGAAGUAACCAAAGUUUAAAAAAUAUAUAUAUUUUCUGUUAAUUCGUCAGAUUUCUUUGCAUAUGUAUAUUUUUCUCAUCAAUGUCUGACAGAGAUUUUGUCUCAUAACCACUAUCUGUCCCAAAACUAAAACUGUAGCUUCUCUUAACCACUAUCUGUCCCAAAACUAAAACUGUAGCUUCUCUUAACCACUAUCUGUCCCAAAACUAAAACUGUAGCUUCUCUUAACCACUAUCUGUCCCAAAACUAAAACUGUAGCUUCUCUUAACCACUAUCUGUCCCAAAACUAAAACUGUAGCUUCUCUUAACCACUAUCUGUCCCAAAACUAAAACUGUAGCUUCUCUUAACCACUAUCUGUCCCAAAACUAAAACUGUAGCUUCUCUUAACCACUAUCUGUCCCAAAACUAAAACUGUAGCUUCUCUUAACCACUAUCUGUCCCAAAACUGAGACUGUAGCUUCUCUUAACCACUAUCUGUCCCAAAACUAAAACUGUAGCUUCUCUUAACCACUAUCUGUCCCAAAACUAAAACUGUAGCUUCUCUUAACCACUAUCUGUCCCAAAUUUAAAGCUGGUGGUUCAACUUGGAGUAGUUUCUGUUUGGACUAUCCGAAUGGUUGGCGAUGUUUUGGCUUUCGAGAUUGGAGGGUCAGGAAAAGGCAAAAAGUUAAUCUCAGCACCAAAAACAUUUGCGACACUCUUGGCUGUCUGUGUUGAGGUGCAGUACACAGAUUGGACCGCCAGAUGGGGGUGUUGUGUCGGUGGUAGUGAGUGGUUUACCCCUCUAUCACUGAGAUUCUCUGCUAUUGGCUAGGCAAAAGCUACAGCUAACAAUGAAAUGUUCCACGUUUACAGAAGGAACUUGUGGGCAGCGCUAGCUCCGAGCUAGUGUAGCAUGAUGCUAACGCUACAUGAUAUAAUAGCUAAAAUGCUAAUCCCCUAAUCUGCGGCUGGGGGAUACAUUAAUUGGAUGGAUGGAUGGACAAACAGAGAGCGUUAAUGAAAGAGGGAUGAUGUGGAAAUGACGUCACAGACAGAGCAAGCUGUCAUUGGUCAGGAUGAGUUAUUGACCUCUGACCCCUGUAGUCGUCCAAUUGACAUCCUGCGCUGGUGUGGGGGCAGGGUCAGCCCAUAUGUGGACUAUAAUCAACUCUGUGUGUGUGAUGCUCUGCUCCGGCUGUGGCUUUCUAGGAACCACGUAACAAACACAGACAAGUACAGUGCGUUCUCAGACUCUCUCUCUCUGUGUCUCUCUCUCUCUCUGUGUCUCUCUGUAUCUCUCUGUGUCUCUCUGUAUC